UACUGUCAGUGUCAAGAUGGCAUUUAGUGACAGUCAAAAACGUGAUAUUUUAGGUUAACAUUUAGUUUUUGUACUUUUUGUUAAAUUUAUCAAUAAAUAUCAUGCAAUAAUAUUAGGUACCUACUAUAUUAUUUAUUUAAGGACAAUGGAUUUCGCAAGGAAACAAUUGUUGAAAUACGGCUGGACUGAUGGUAAAGGACUAGGCAAGCAUGAGAAUGGUAUAUCGGAAGCCCUAAAGCCGAAGCUAAAGCGGAGUGUGGCGGGCAUGGGGUAUGAUGCAGCAUCAGACUUCACCGAGCAUUGGUGGAGUCAACUUUAUGAUAAGGCCGCUGGCAAUGUUGAGGUCGAGGAAACAAAUGGAAAAACUAAAAGAAUCAAGACAAAAGACAGCGAUGGUUUUGAAAUCACUAAUAGUACUUGGAAAUUGAAUAGGAAGAAGAAAACAGAAGAGGACGGAGAAUAUUCUGAACAUUUUGUGAGGAAGUCCAUACUGACCAGUGAUGGGAGCAAGGUGGAUAAAGUAGCUGAGUCUGAUUCUGAAGAAGAAGUGAAGAAGGAUGUGUUCAAAAUGUCUGAUGAGGAGCUCUUUGCAGCGUGUGAGGGACGCACAGCCCAUAAGGGAGCACGGCAUGGUCUUAAGGCUUUGGGAAAAUUAGCGAGAAUAGCGCAACAGGAACAAGUCUUGCUUCUACAACCUCAGUACCGGGGCUACUCACAUGCAGAUAAAUUGAAAAAAGUAAAGGAAAUUGUUGAAUGCACUUCCUUGAAUAGCGACUUUGAAGAACCAGUUUCUAAGAAAAAGAAGAAAAAAAGAAAACGUUGCACAAGCCUCAAUAGUGUAGGAGUUUCUGGAGAACCAGAAAAAGAUCAGACCUUGGCUGAAUCGCAAGGGAUUUCUUUGCCUGCUGAAGUUUCGAUGAGACAAACGGAAAAUGUUGCCAGUGAUAUGAGCUUCGAGACUAUAAGUAGAAAUAAAUCGAAAUCGUCUGUUGAGAACGUGGUGGAGGUGGAUGACAUUCAAAAGAAUGACAGAAAGUCGAGUAAAAUGAAGAAACGGAAAGAUUUUGAUUCAAUAGAUGUGAAUGAGCUGAACAAUGAUCAAGAUGAUUCAACAGUUAAAAAGCGUAAGAAAAAGAAACAUAAAAAGUUUGAUGAAUAGUUAUGAUAUUUGUAAAUAAACUAUUUUUGUAAUAUAAAUGUGUUAUUUGUAUACAUUAUGCCAUAAAAAACAUAAUUUGUAAAUGAAACCAAGUCACGCAGUCGCUACUCAGUUCUUCUGCCACAAAAAAUUUUGAGUUCCAUGUACUAUAUUUAUAAAGUCUAAUUUACCCUGACAUUCAUAAUAAAGUUUAAGCAUACUAUAUAUUUUGUCCAUCAGUAUUUACUACAUUCUUAUGUUAUUACAUAUGGUACUCUUGUUUGCCAUUUACAGAAGAGUCCCAACCCUCCCCAAGGUCAACAUUAUAAAUGGUAGUUUUUACAUAUUCUAAUUUUAUAACUGGCAACAUUAUUUAGUUCUUCAUUCACUGUCACGAAUGUCAAGCAAGAAAAAAUAUAUGUAAACGUCAAAUGUAACCAGGGUUUCAGUUUAUUUUUACGAUAAUCGUAAAAAUACAGAAAAAUGUCGAUUGCUAAAAUAUUAGCGCUUGAUAAAGUCACCACCUUCUUCAAUAUUAUUCGCCAGAAUGGCGGGAUAAGGGCGUCCCUAUACAAACUUUAUA